AUGUCACUCAAAGAUUGUUACUUUUGUGAAAAAUUUGAUUUAGGAUUUGAAUCAAAUAAUUCGCAUUCACCAUCGGUUAGCUAUACUUCAUCGCCAUCAAGACUUUUCUUCAUUACCAAUUUCACCAUUGGUUGGCUAUACUUAAUCACCAUCAAGAUUUGUCCUCUUUACCAAUUUCACCAUUGGUUGGCUAUACUUCAUCACCAUCAAGAUUUGUCCUCUUUACCAAUUUCACCAUUGGUUGGCUAUACUUCAUCACCAUUAAGAUUUGUCCUCCUUACCAAUUUCACCAUUGGUUGGCUGUACUUCAUCACUAUCAAGAUUUGUCCUCUUUACCAAUUUCACCAUUGGUUGGCCAUACUUCAUCGCCAUCAAGAUUUGUCCUCCUUACCAAUUUCACCAUCAAGAUUUGUCCUCCUUACCAAUUUCACCAUUGGUUGGCUAUACUUCAUCACUAUCAAGAUUUGUCCUCUUUACCAAUUUCACCAUUGGUUGGCUGUACUUCAUCACUAUCAAGAUUUGUCCUCUUUACCAAUUUCACCAUUGGUUGGCUAUACUUCAUCGCCAUCAAGAUUUGUCCUCCUUACCAAUUUCACCAGCAAGAGCCUAUAUCCAUCAAUUUCCCCACCCAUAGUACCACAAAUACAAUACCCUCAAAUUUUAUGUGAUAAGAAAGCUGAUAACAAAGUUGAAGCUGAUAAAAUUCGUGAAGAUUACUCCAAUAGGGACAAAAAUACUACACAAACAAGUGUACUAAUGGGAGAGAUUGAAGAAAGUAUAACAGAAUCAUUUAUAGAAAUCGAAAAUGAAAAUACUAUUGAUUCAUAUGAAUCAUCAGAUGAUUAUAAUCCAACUACCCCCAAAAAUCCAACCAGAUCAAAGGCACAAUCUAAAAAUAUGACAACAAGAAAACUUGUAAAAAAAACAAAUAAAUCAUAA